AGAUUCUCUAUUUUAUUUUAAAAAUAGAAAAAAAUUGGAGUUUUAGGUUAGAAAUACUAUAAUCGUCAAACUGUGGCCGGAUGUGAUAAUUCGUUUUUGUAAUUAAUGUUGAAAAUGUGGUUGUCGGGAUGACUUAUUAAUAGAAUCUGAUGUAUACAAAUGAAUUGAUCCGCACUUUUCACUGUUUGGCCAUGUGGCAUAACUAAACCACCUUAAUUAGGGAUUUGCAAAUCUUCAUGAUGUUUUUGAUAUCAAUCGACAAUAAGAUAUAUCCAUCACGUAAGCCAUAUCAUUGCUUAAUUCCAAUUCCCUUAAACUCUAAUUAUCUAAAUUGAAUUUUAAGAAUACAAGCCAACAAAAGUAUACGUAUACGUUUAGCAAAAGAAAAAUAUACGUAUAUGAAUGUUGUUAUGAUAUUACAAACACAAUUUUACCCAAAAAAUAUUACUAACACAUCAAUCUAUAUAUUUACAAAUAUUACUCACAUAACAUGCAUUGUCUAUAUAGUGUCUAUCUAUAGAUUCACAUGAAUAUACAUGUGUUUUUAUGAUAGCACCAAGUUCUGUUUAAUUCUUCUUCCAAAAAUUGUUUUUUUUAAUUAGAUAUUAAACUCAAACGUUUUUAUAACCAUGGGUAGAAAAUAUUGGUUGCACACGCCCGGAUAAUAAAGGUUUACAAGCUCUAGUUUACUCUGUCUUUCCUUUUUGACGUGCUCUAGUUUUACUUAAAUCGCAAUGAUGCUGAGCCAUUUUUUCGCCAAAAGUACAUGUCACUUAUUGAGGGGCUGCGCACAUGCGUCUUGAAUCUUGUAAUGAUGAAUGGAUAAUAUAAACGAAGGGAACAUAUAUGGAGCAUGAUGAUGCAUGGCCAAAUAAAGGUUUAAGACAACUCAAAUAGUACUUAAUUAAAUGUAAAUAGAGAUACGAACACAGCAAAAUGUGCCCACGAAUUGAAAUCAUUACCCUAAUUCCCUAUGUUCCUUUCUUUUUGAUUUUUCGCUCCAAUACAAUCCCAUUAUGACAGCCUAUACAGCUCAUGAACUUUUAAAUGAUAUUCUUCUUCUUUUUAUGCAUCGUGAGAUACAAAUAUUGAAUAAAUGUCGCUUUGAGUGAUGAUGAUCUUCUAAAUUUGCAGGUUCCAGUUAAGGUGACCCUAAUUAAUUCUUAAACAAGCACCGUUAAUCACUUGUCGUUUUGAUCGUCGCUCAUAUAAUAAUUUAUUAAAUCAUCGAUUAUUUUGUGACACGAAGUUGUAAAGCAGGAAAGAAUAUGACAACUACACGUGCGUCUACCACAGUUUUGCUGUCCGGUUACAAUGUCUUAAUGUUUUUUCUUUUUCUUUUUGUAGCACAUCUUAGUGUUUUUCUUAUUAAUACAAAAUAUAAUAUUUAUCCGUUGCAAUUAACAAUUUGAUCGGGAAACAUAUUAUGUAUGGUAAAGAAAAAAAAUAAGUGUCUUACUUUAAAUUUGAACCGAGCAAAUCAUAGUUAUCCUAAUUAAUAAUUUAGGUUUAUAAAUAUCCAAUGUGGCUGGAUAUAGAGUCAUGUGUACCAAAAAUAAAACAUAUUAUUCUCAUUUGUUUAGUGAAGCUUACACAUGUUUAUUAAGUAUCAGUUUAUAAAUAUUAGAAAAAUUAUUUGAAUGAAAAAAUAAAAGAAACCCAAGUCAGAACUUUGGCCUAGAAUUUGUCAGUUAACAGAAAAUGAAAUAAAACAAAAGUAAAGACAAAAACGUUAUCUUAUUAAUUAUAAGACUGAUUAAGGUAUAAUGCAAAAUGGCAUAUAGGAAAUGAACCGGAACACACAAAUAUAGUGACGAGAACCUAUAAUGUACUUUGUUAUUGAGUGUGUCAAUAAAAGUGACAUAUAGAAAUAAAAUGUGAUAAAAUUGUAUAUCGCAUUGAACUUAACAAUUUAGUAGUUCAAUUCCCACUGAACUCAACUAUAUUGUAUCACACCUAGUUAGACUCGUCUUAUCUUGCUAUCUAAGUGCUAAGAUAUUUCAAGUUUUCAACUCACUAUUAGAUAACAAAUUAAUAAACAUCCAGAAAAGUAAUAAUAAAAUAACUGUAGCGACAACAAGUUAACAUGUGGCAAAAGAAGCAAACAGAAUGUAAUCUUGAGGAUAUUCCAUGUCUUGCUUUUUAUUGUCUAUUUACGGCACAAUGAUUAAUCCCGAAUCUAAAGCUAGCCUACAAUUGUUUUUAUGAAAUUCAAGAUAAUUUUAGUUUAUUAUUAUAAAUAAUCACACUUUUUCGAUAGCCGCGAGGAAGAAAAAGUUCAUAAAUUAUCCAGACUUCAGAGGAACAAGAUCUUAUAGAUUCUUUUGAUGAUGACCUAAAUGUAGAAACAUCAUUUAGUAGGGAUACUAAUGAGAAUUAUUCUCCAAAAGGAACAUCAAUUCAUCCAAAGUUGGCGUAUAAAACAUUCGAUUGAUAACAAUUUUAACAAUAUGGAAAUAAAAUUAUUUUGACGGUUUAAGAAUAAAAUAAAAUAUAACAGUACAAAAUAUGGCAUAUUUUGUGGAAACAUGCGAUUGAAUCACUGGCAACUUACCGCUUUAUCCAAAUGCCGCUUUCAUGGUUAUGGCUCCCGCUACAACCUGAUGAGAGGUAGAGUGUUAGAGCACAUUUGUGUGUCUCUUUAGGGCAUCUUUAAAAAGCCAUUUAAUUCCACCAAAACCCGAUAAGGCAGUCCAUGCUGCAUCCACAAAACCGUGGGUGUCUUUAGUAUCAGAAUUUAAUCCUCGUCUUGUUAUAUAUAUUUUCGAAAUAUAAUUUUAAUUUUUAUAUCUAUGUAUAUGUGUUGACAAUUUUAACUCUCACCAGCAAAAUAUAAAACCUAGACAAGUUCUAACAUAAUUGUGCUGAUCAGAGGGUCAAGAUUCGUUGUCCGUGGGGAAAUAAUUGUACAUGGGGAUCUAAAACCAAUAUCCAAUCCCCAUGAUAUAAUUAUGGUACAUGCCCUAUAGCUCUUUUUGAUAUUUACAACUAAUCACAGUUAUGAUGAUGAUCAUGCAUGGUGGUGGUGAAUGGUGAUGAAGACACAUAACAAUAUUAUGUUAAUUUUAUAAUUAAGUUUCAUCUACAGUAUCAGUUGUUGAGACUAGCUAUUAACUUUUGAUAGACAUGCAUUUGAUCUCUCUCUUUUUUCUUUCGUGAACCCUAAACCUAAAUUGUAAUUAAUGGCAUCCAAAUUGCAGGUGAACCAAUUAUCAAAAGAAAAUAUUUUUUAUAAAAAUAUGUGAAUAAUAUUUCUUUUGGUGUCGAAGUUACUAUAGAAAUUAUCAAUGCACUAAUGUAAAAAAUGGACUGUGGAAUAUUUUUCAAAACCAUUUGACUAGCGAGUUACAUCGUGCGUAUAUAAAGAAGCGAAGACUAAUUGCCUAUUGAAGCAAGUGGUUUUCCAAUAUUCUCACGUGACUGCAAUUUUAUUGUAGAUUUUCUUUUUAGAAUAAAAAAUAUUGAAUGUAUAUUUUUGAAAGCAUAUUGAAGGUAUACUUUUAAAUAAAUAAAUUAAAGGUUUUCGGCCACCCGGACACCUAAUAGAAUAAGAUCCAAACUAUUUAAAAUUAAUUCUUUUAAAUAAAAAAUUCCCAACGAAAAUCAAACUCAUAAUCCUUUAAAUCCUAUUAGAUAAUCAAAAAGUUUUAUCCAUCAGACCAAUCCUUUAUUGGCUAUUGAAUUAAUCACAUAACUUCAUAUCAUAAGCUAUAAAGAUGUAUAUCAUAUAUAAGCUAACAUUAUUUGACAUACAUAAAUAUAUGAUUAAUAUCAUCUAACAAUUUUAAUCGGGUCAACUGAAUUAAUUAGUUAAUUAUAUAAAUAUCCAUUCAAUAAACGAGUACUUUAAAGAAAAUAAAAUUAGUUAAAAUAUACCAAAAUGGGUUUAACUGAGUUAACAAUUACACAUAUGAUACUCGCCCAGUAAUAAUUACCUAAACAAAAUAACUUACAGAAACCCGUACAAUAUACAUGCGUCUCCAUGGGUGGCUCUAUAAAUACAGAUCUACUACUACUCUUCAUUGAUAUAACCAAAGCGAAAGCGUUCAAACAUAUUCCCCAGAAAAAUAUGGCAAGUAAUAAUUUUCCAUCACAAAGUCAUCUUCUAGUAAUAAUAAUAUUUAUCACAACUCUUUUAACUCCGAUCACAACGAACAACACAUCACCACAACCAUGGAAUAUCCUUUCCAACGACAACUUCGCCGGAAAACUCACCUCCGCAUCCUCCUCCGUCGAAGCAGCUUCCAUCGAUUUCGGCCACGUCACCAAAAUUCUACCCUCCGCCGUCUUAAACCCUUCCUCCGUCCAAGACAUCAUCGAUCUCAUAAAACUUUCUUUCGACUCUCAAUCCUCUUUCCCUAUAGCCGCUCGUGGCCACGGACACAGCUUCCGUGGCCAAGCCGCUGCUAAAGACGGAGUCGUGGUCAACAUGCGGUCAAUGGUAAACGAGGACCGAGGCAUAAAGGUGUCUAGGACCGGUUUAUAUGCGGACGUGGACACUGCGUGGCUAUGGAUUGAGGUGUUGAAUAAAACGUUGGAGUUGGGGUUAACGCCGGUUUCUUGGACGGACUAUUUGUAUUUAACGGUCGGUGGAACGUUAUCCAACGGCGGAAUAAGCGGACAAACGUCUCGGUACGGUCCACAGAUCAGUAAUGUUCUUGAGCUGGAUAUUAUUACUGGAAAAGGGGAGAUUGCAACUUGUUCCAACGACAUGAACUCAGAUCUUUUCUACGCGGCGUUAGGAGGUUUGGGUCAAUUCGGAAUUAUAACAAGAGCCAGGAUUAAACUCGAAUUAGCUCCAAAAAGGGCUAAAUGGUUAAGGUUUCUAUACACUGAUUUCUCUGAAUUCACAAGAGAUCAAGAACGAUUGAUAUCAGAAGCGGACGGUUUACAUUUCUUGGAAGGUUCCGUUAUGCUUGACCAUGGCCCACCUGAUAACUGGAGAUCUACUUACUAUCCACCGUCCGAUCACUUGAGGAUCGUCUCAAUGAUAAAACGACACCGUGUCAUCUACUGUCUCGAAGUCGUCAAGUAUUACGACGAAUUUUCUCAACACUCAGUCAACGAGGAAAUGGAGGAGUUAAGCGAGAGUUUAAACUUUGUAAGAGGGUUUGUGUACGAGAAAGAUGUGACGUAUAUAGAUUUCUUGAACCGGGUUCGAACGGGAGAGCUAAACCUGAAAUCCAAAGGCCAAUGGGAUGUUCCACAUCCAUGGCUUAAUCUCUUUGUACCAAAAUCUCAGAUUUCAAGAUUUGAUUAUGGUGUCUUUAAGGGUAUUAUCCUUAGAAAUAACAUCACUACCGGUCCACUUCUUGUUUAUCCCAUGAAGCGCAUUAUGUGGAAUGAUCAAAUGUCUACCGCUAUACCCGAAGAAGAUGUAUUUUAUGCGGUAGGGUUCUUACGAUCUGCCGAGUUUGACAAUUGGGAGGCUUAUGAUAAAGAAAAUAUGGAGGUAUUGAUGUUUUGUGAGGAUGCUAAAAUGGAUGUCAUACAGUAUCUUCCUUAUCAUGCAUCACAAGAAGGAUGGGUUAGACAUUUUGGUCCGAGGUGGAAUACUUUUGUAGAGAGAAAAUAUAAAUACGAUCCUAAAAUGAUAUUGUCUCCAGGACAAAAUAUAUUUCAAUAAAUAAACUUGUGUUAGGCAAUAAUUAAGUUAAUUGUUAGUCGUUGUCGUUCUCACUUUAUGUGUUUGGCCACGCUUUUCAUUGAUUCUGAUUACUAUAUUUACUUUAGACUAUUGAAAAUUCCACUUGAAUAAAUCAUAAGAAAUAAUCUAAAGUUUGGUGGGAGAUUUUUGGUGAUAAGGAAAUAAAAAUAAAA